CUCAUUAUUGAAUUUAAAAUGUGCUACUUUUCUACUUCAUUUACUAAAUCCACUGAAUUCACCAUGUUUAUUGAAUCUACUGAAUCUACCAGUAAAUCUGCAAAAUCCAUCAACCUUAUUAAAUCUAUCAAAUCUCUAAAAUCUAUUGCUUCUGUUGAACCUACUACUUCUACUUCUGCAUCUAUUGAGUCAGUUAAACAUGUUAAAAUAUUAGUAUCUACAACAAAGUCUACAUCUACUAAAUCUAAACUUACCAAAUCUAAAGAAAAAUCUAAAGCAAUAUCUAAAGCAAUAUCCAAAAAUAUUCAAAUGAUGCAGUUAAUUGAAAAACUAAACACGUCUGUUAGGAAAGAAGACAAAAAUAAUAACAUUAACAAUAAUAAUAUUAACAAUGAUAAUAAUAUUAAUAACAAUUAUAAUAAUAAUG